ACUCCAUGCAAAAGGGCGACAUCAUGGGCCACGAGGCAAUCGGAAUCGUCGAGAAGAUCGGCCCGGACGUCAAAAGCCUCUCUGUGGGGGAUCUUGUCAUGAUCUUACCCAUCAUCGCGUGUGGAAGCUGCGAUUACUGUAAACGGGGAGAGUAUUCGCUAUGUGACACGACCAACCCAUCUCUGGAUAUGGAGAAGACGUACGGACACCGGCUGGCAGGGAUGUUCGGGUACGCGCUUCUCUACGGCGGAUACCCAGGGAAUCAAGCAGAGUACUGCCGGGUGCCGAACGCAGAUCUGACGUGCGUCCGGGCACCGGAAGAUCUCGACGCAAAGAAGCUGCUAGGGCUGACGCACGCGACAACCACGGCAUGGCAUGCCUGUGAGCUGGGCCAGGUGGGACAGGGCGAUGUUGUGGGCGUCUGGGGAUGCGGACCUGUAGGUCUCUCGAUUCAACGACUGGCGCUUCUUCGGGGAGCGAAGAAGGUGUUUGGGAUCGAUAAGGAUCCUCUCCGACUACAGCUGGCGGAGGGUUUUGGCAUGAUCCCUGUGGAUGUCUCGGCACAUCCAGAGGUGGGAGAUUACAUCCUCUCCAUUCAACCCAAUGGAGUCGACAGAGCGAUUGAGGCGAGUGGGUUCCGUAGCACGCAGAAACCGCAGCACGCGGCGAUGCGAGCCAUAGGCCUUGAGCGGGAUACCAGCGAUACCGUGGCGGCGAUGAUUAAAGCGACACGCAAGGGAGGCAAUCUGGCGCUGAUUGGGGAUUUCUUCUACAGCACCAAUGACUUUCCGAUUGGGCCGAUGAUGGAGAAGGCUCUGACGGUGCGAGGAGGGCAGGUGUAUUCGCAAAAGUAUCAUCCAUUCUUGCUAGAUAUGGUGGCACAGGGCGAGUAUGAUCCGUCUUGGGUGUUUACUCAUGAAGAUGAUUUUGAGAAUAUCGCAGAGAAUUACCGCAAGUUUUCUCGACAUGAGAUCCCAGGAGGGUUGAAGGUGUGCUUGACAACAGAGUAUGGACGGAGCCCCAUGGAUCAUGAUCAGUAUGGCGUUUGAAUAGAUACUCUUCAUUGGCUGCAAUUGUGUAACUAUUCAAAAGUGGACUGGAACAACACGAGAAACACCCCUGUAACACCAGGUUUAACGGCUGAU